AUGCCAAAGAUGAAAAAGUGUUGUCUCUGUAUAAAUUUAAAACUUGGAGUACUAAUCAUUUCUGUAAUUGAGUUGUAUUCUGCUGCUGUCGUUAUAUUCGCAACAAUCGCAACAUUAUGUGAUCCUCAAAAGAUUUAUAAUUAUCCUCGAAAUGCAAUUGUAUCCGCUUAUGCAGAACAAACUGAAUUACUCCUCAAACAGAAUACACAGGAUACUCCUCAAACUACAACCGAACAAGUGUAA